CUGGUGAUUAUUUCAACAUACAAAUAUCGUUUUAAAGUUUAUUAUUUUCUAAAUCGUCAUUUUUUCUGAACGCGUCAGUUUUACCAGCCAAAAUUUCAACGACAAGUGACCAGCAGACCUCAAAAGCAAUGGUGAAAACUUUUCAUGCCUACCUCCCUGACGAGUGUCAUCGAACGUACAGCUGUGUCCACUGCAGAGCUCAUCUAGCCAAUCACGAUGAACUCAUUUCUAAGUCAUUCCAGGGAAGUCAAGGGCGAGCCUAUCUCUUCAAUUCUGUAGUAAAUGUCGGAUGUGGACAAGCAGAGGAGAGGGUCCUGUUGACAGGGUUGCAUGCAGUGGCAGACAUUUUCUGUGAAUCCUGCAAAACUACACUCGGUUGGAAAUACGAGCACGCAUUCGAGACGAGUCAGAAGUACAAGGAGGGCAAGUACAUCAUCGAGGUCGCCCACAUGAUCAAGGACAACCGCUGGAAUUAAAUUUUUUUUUUUUUUAUUAUUUUUUAUUUUUUUAUUACUCUUCCAAUGUAUUUUUUGGCUGUUGUAUUUUAUUGUCAUUUUGAUAUGUAUAUGUUGGAUGAGUAUAUGCUCUCAAGCUGACUCUUGCAAAUGUUGAAUAACACAUUCGCAAAUUAUUUGAUAUGUUUAUACAACUCUAUAUAUAUAUUUAUAUAUUUACACGUAAAGGAGUAUUUUUAUUUUAUACAUUUUUUUCAACGUAUAUUUUUAUGAAUUUAAAUGACUUUUAAUAGCGGUUAAGUGAGAAACUUUAUGAACAUCAAAAGAACGCAAAGGUUCCUAUCGAGGUAAUUCACACGCUUUCUUAUAAUUCAUGGACACAAACGUACGAUUGUAUGCUACUGGUUACUUGCUU